UUUGGUGCGCCCUCCCUAGAGGCAACGAAGCUCUCUCUCUCUCUCUCUCUAUCUCUCCUUCUCUCUCUGUCUGUAGCUGAGAAAGCAAUAGCAAACCACCAACAAACUCUCAGUCCUCUGUCCCUCUUCUCCUAUCUCGCUCGUCGGAACCCUAACUCGAUCUGCUGACGACUCUGUAAUUCCGUAGAUGACUACACGAUUGGGGAAGAGCUAAGGUCGAACCGGCUGGACCUCGUCACCGAAUGGAGGGAGGUAGCGUCUCUAGACUUACUUACUCUGGUGUACACCCAUGGAUUAUGAUGAAAAUGAUUUCCAAAACCAGAAUCAUCAUUUAGCUGGUGACGGUAAUAACAAGUUUCCUCCAGUAUUAAAUCCAUAUGCUCUUCCCAAGUUUGAUUUUGAUGACAGCCUUCCAGGCCAUUUGAGGUUUGACAGUCUAGUUGAAACGGAGGGUUUUCUGGGAAUUGAAAAUAACGAAGAUAAUCGGUGGAUUGAGGAUUUCUCUCGAGGAAGUUGUGGAAUUGAUUUUACUAAAAGUGCAGCAGAUUCGUGCUCAAUAUCUAGGUGUAACAAUGUCUGGUCUGAGGCGACCUCCUCAGAAUCAGUUGAAAUGCUACUAAAAUCUGUUGGGCAUGAAGAAACUGUUCCGAGGCAAAACGUUGCUGAGGUGUCAGAUGCAUUUGAUGAACUGGGUUGCUUAACAAAAAGAAUGGAGCCCGAUGUUAGACCCGAUGCAAUCUUCACCAAGAUCGGUGAUGUUGGAGACUUACAACCUGCAGUUGCCCCAGAAGAGGUUCCAGAAGACUCUUCUGGGUUGAAAAAUGAUAUGGGGGCGGAUCAGUCCCGUGUUGAAGUUAGUUUACAAGACCAUGGUGAAUCUGUUGAAAAGGAUUCCACUAACAUAGAUCUCGAUACAGGUGGAAAGUUGGGCUUGUCGGCUGAGGGAUAUCUAUUCGAUGGUGAGACAAGCAUUAAUGUUUCUGGAAGAGAUGUUGGUGAUGUGGUCAUUGACUCUGCAAAAAAUGAUGCAAAAGAAGAUAUCACUUGUUCAGAAGUUAAGGUUGAUGAUGCUACGAGGGAUAGUGGCAAUAUCGCUGUCAAGGAUAACUUAAAGACCCAAGAGGAUCCACAUCCAACCAGUGAUGCAUCUAUUAAGGAUGAAAAUAAUUUACGGAAAGAUAACGACUUGCUUAGCAAGGAGCUGCUUGCUUUAGAAAAUGAAAAGAAAGUGAAUAUUCAGAACUCUGGUGGUGAUACGCAGAAUGUGGGUAGUGAUGAAAUGAAUCGGCAGAAUUCAAAUAUUAAUGCAGUUGAAAGUAUAACUCCCCGUCUGGAUGCACCCUUGGACUCUACUGUGGAAGGUAUCAAGGAGGGAAAUGCUGGAAGAACUGUUUUUUGUACUGUGGUGGAAACCUCGGUCCUCGAGGUGGAUACUGGCUCAGCGACAGUUCAAGAAAGUGUGGAGGAAGCAUGUGGUGGGACUACCAUACAGGCCUGCAUACAUCAAAAUGCCCCUCUUAAAGAUGCAGGCAGUACUGAUCAGUUAAAUGAAAAUGUGCAUAUGGAGUCUCAGAUUGUAUUGGAAGCUGACAAAGAUAUUGACGGUCAUCCAUUGGAAGUAGUCAAUUCUGAGCGGGGUAUUGAUUCUUGUCCACAAAGAGAUCACGUUGAGGAGAAGGAUAAGUCUGUAGAUGACCAAUUGGUUGGUGGAGAAAUAGAGGGCAACUCUAUGGUAUCUUCAUAUUCUGCGGAAGUUAAAGCCGGCAAUUUUGAUGCUGAUACAAGCAGGACUCGCAACUCUGUUGAAGCGCAGAUGGAUAAUGUUGGAGCUGAUACCAUUGGAAACUCCAAAGUUCAAGAUUCAGUGAAGGAUACAAAUGUUGAAAAUCGAGGAUUAUCUUCUUCUCAAACUGGAACAACGGAAGCAAGAGAUGUGAAUGGUCGGGGUGACACUCCUAAUCCUUGCUCAGUACCUGUUUCUCAAGAGGAGAGCAUAGUGUUGCUUCCUGCUUUGGGCAAUAAGGAUGGCACGAUUGGUGUCCCUGUUGUUACGGACAAGGGUUUUGGCGUGCCAUCUGUCAGCGAAUCAGGCAAUAAUCAAGAUGUCAUUGCUGACCAUGAAGAAGUUCAUAUAUCGGCAGAAGUUGUUCUUCGGUCUACCCACUUGGAUGACAGAAAUGAUGCUGAAGUUGAGGCUAGCAGAGGAGAUCUGCCAGCUCACCUUUCAGAGUCCAAUGCGGCAGUUGCGCAAGGUUCUCACUCUGAACUUGUGGAGACUGCACGCGGAGCUUUCAAUGACCAGUCACCGCCACCAGACACAUCUAUUCCUGAAUGCACACCUGUAGCAGAAACUGGCAAUCCAGAAAGCCUUUGCGAGUCUCAAGCAGCAGAAAUGGGAGUCACUCUUGACGGCAGUAGUACUAUGGAACUGACUGUAAAUCUCAUGGAUGUGACAAGCAAAGGUGACAGUUCUGCUGAAGCCGCAAUUACUCCUGAAAGACCUGCAAUUUCGACCCCACAAGAAAAAUGUGAAAUGGAAUCCAAAGUAUCAGGUGAUGCAUCAAAACCUCUUGAAAGCACUGUAGUCUCGGCAGGUCGCCUACCUGAAGGUCAACUAAUGUCAAAGGAACCUGAAGAUGGACGAGAUUGUCAUAAUUCUGAUCAAACAAAUUCUGACACUCGGGUUACUAGUGGAACUAGUAGUCUUUCUGUGAGUGGAAAGGAGAAAGGAGGUUCUGAGAUCCCCAGAGUUCAGGAUGUUGGAAUCAUUGGAUCUGAAGAGAGCAGUGGCAAAGGUGGGCCAGGUGUUCCGGGUCCAAAACAAAAUGAUGCUCCGAAAGCUGAGAAGAGCUCCGCUGUUAAGAUUGUGGAGGCACCUCCUCCAACGGCUGCACCAGUCCAGACAGCAUCUCGAGUUCAGCGUAGUGGAAAGCGAGGAAGUCCUCAAACUGCCGAUAAAGAAAAUAAAAGUUCUAAAGGUACUCCAGAUCGUAAACCUAGGAGAGCAUCCACUAAGUCAGCAGGGAGGGAAAGUGCAAAGAAGGGAAACUCGGUGAAAGAAGCACGUCCUUUGGAACAGUCGGAACUGGUGGUCAAAUCAAUCAAUGUGUCCUUAGGUCCUCCUGGGAUGUAUCAGCUUGUUCAGCCAAAGGAGAUCCUACACCAUGGACAGAUAGAAGGCCUUGGUACCAAACCCUUUGGUGCUCUUACGACUCCUCCAUCUAGUCUGCCUGAUUUGAACUCUUCAGCUUUCCCUUCUGUGGUUUUUCAGCAACCUUUCAACGAUAUGCAACAAGUGCAGCUGCGUGCACAGAUCCUUGUCUAUGGAUCUUUAAUUUCAAGGUUAGUUCCAGAGGAGUUGCACAUGGUAUCAGCAUUUGGGGGACCUGAUGGUGGUCGAAGCUUGUGGGAGAAGGCGUGGCAGACAUGUAAAGCUAGAACGAGGGUACAAACACCUCAUCAGAUCAAUCUUGAGACCCCAACUUCGUCUCGAUCAGGAGACUUGGCUUCUGAUCCAGCAUCUAAGCAGAGUAAGGUAACUCCAUCACCUGCUGCCCGUGCUAGUACAAGUGGAACACCUACACCUAGCAUAAAUCCAAUGAUACCUCUUUCAUCACCCCUCUGGAGUCUUCCUACACCUUCGCUUGAUGCUCUGCAAUCCAGUGGCUUGCCUCGAGGUGUUGUUGUGGAUUACCAGCCUGCGUUUCCCAAAUUGGCGCCACAUCAAACUCAACCAAUACUAAGUUAUGUUGGGCAAAAUACCAGUUGGAUGUCUCAGACACCUUUUCGUGGUCCUUGGGCUGCUGCUCCACAGAAUCCUGCACUCAACACGAGUAUUCGCUUUCCAUCCGUGGCCACUGAAUCUGUUCAGUUAACUCCAGUAAGGGAGUCAUCUUUGGCAUUUUCUUCUGGCAUGAAACAUACUCCUCCUGGUCCUUCAGCACAAGGAGGGGGUCCUCCUGGUGCUACUGUGGGGGUCUCUCCUGCCGUUGACUUGGCAAAGGUGAUAAUGCAAUCUGAUCAAUCUGGUGAUCCAAAGUCAAAGAAACGAAAGAAAGGUCCACCAUCUGAGGAUCGAAGCAGGAUCAAUUUGCAAUCUCAAUCACACGCUGAGAAGUUAUUAAUUCCUGCUGCGACUAGCAUUCCUUCUGCAUCUGUUACUGCUACAACCCCUGCUAGUUUUCAAUCUAAAGGCACCACACUGGAAUUCAAUGCGGUAGUGUCUCCUACACCCUCCACAGCUCUUGACAAAGAAGCAGAUCAGGGUAAAAAGAAGCCUGUGUUAUCAGAGGAGGCCAUUGGUAAAGUGAAGGAAGCGAUGCAGCAAGCUGAGAAUGCAGCUGCUCUUGCAGCCUCUGCAGUUAGUCAUAGCGAAGAAGUAUGGAAUGAGUUGGAUAAGAAGAAUAUAUCUGGCUCAGUAUCAGCAUCGGAAGCUAAACUUGCUUCUGCAGCUGUUGCAAUAGCAGCUGCUGCUGCUGUUGCAAAAGCUGCAGCUGCGGCUGCCAAUGUCGCAUCAAAUGCUGCUUUGCAGGCAAAAGCAAUGGCUGAUGAAGCAUUAAGCAGUGAUCCUGAUCCAAGUGAAGGCAAUUCACGGGGUGUUAUUUGGUCAAACAGUUCGAGUUCAAUCAUCUUUGCUGCUAAGGAGGCUGCUAGAAGAAGGGUUGAAGCCGCUUCAGCUGCAGCAUUACGAGCUGAAAAUCUGGACAUAGUUGUGAAAGCUGCUGAGUUGGCCGCAGAAGCCAUAUCACAGGCUGGAAAAGUUGUUACAAUGGGCGACCCUUUGUCUUUGAGUAAACUAGCUGAAGCUGGUCCGGAGGGCUUCUGGAAAUUGCCUCAAUUCUCUUCAGAACAAGCAUCUAUGGUACGUGAUGCUAAUGUGGAGCAAGCAAAUAAUGAGAAUCUUGUAGCAGGUUCCAUUGGCUUGAAGAAAAGCUCUGAGGGACCAGCAGAUAAUUGUGCAGCUCAUUCUAAUCAGCAUGUGCCGUCAAAUGUAUCUAAAGAUAUUCUCAGGAAUCCUAUGGAAGAUCAGGUGAGGUUGAUAGUUGGCCUCUCAGGUUCUGUUUCCCCUGGUGAUAAAGAUCGGAUGGGCGAAAAGUUAGCUAACACGUCUGAUGCUACCGAGAUUACUGGUGUAAAUCCUGAAUCUCAAUCUGGAUUGAGAUCUCAGGACAUUGGAGUACAGGGAGAGUCCAACAAGGCUGCAGGUGCCAAAAAAGACUAUGGCAUUCAGGAGGGAUCCCGCGUGGAGGUUUUCAAAGAUGAAGAUGGAUAUAAAGGGGCAUGGUUUGCGGCUGAUGUAAUGAGCUUGAAGGAUGGGAAAGCCUCUGUGUGUUACACUGAGCUUCCAUCAAUUGAAGGCUCAGGGAAGCUACAGGAGUGGGUGGAUCUCGAAGGUGCAGGAGAUAAGGCACCAAGAAUACGUAUUCCCCAUCCUAUGACAGCUGUUCAACUUGAUGGAUCAAAAAAGAGACGUAGAGCAGCGAUGGGGUCUUUCACAUGUUCUGUUGGAGACAAAGUUGAUGCUUGGAUCGAAGACAGCUGGUGGGAAGGAGUUGUGACUGAGAAGAAAGAUGAAACUUCUGUGAUGGUUCAGUUACCCGUUCUUGGAGAAACCUCAGUCGUCAGAACCUGGCAUCUUCGGCCUUCUCUCAUUUGGAUGGAUGGGAAAUGGAUUGAAUGGUCGAGCACGAGAGAGGAUGAUCGCUCCCAUCACGAGGGUGACACGCCAAAGGAAAAGCGAGCUAAGCUGGGGAGUUCAGGAAGGCAAGCAAAAGGGAAGGGUAAAGCAUUGAAGACUGUCGAGGUUCAGGACUCUGACAAAACUGAUGGUUCAAAAUUGUUGGAUCUUUCUGUUAAAGAAAAAGUUUUUAACAUUGGAAAAAGCAACAAGGAUGAGGGCAAGCCUGACCCUCCUAGAACCAUCCGUUCUGGCUUAAGAAAGCAAGGCCCAGGAGUAAUUUUUGGAGUCCCAAAGCCCGGAAAAAAGAGGAAGUUCAUGGAGGUUAGCAAACAUUAUGUUGAGGACCAAAGCAAUAACAAGGCCGAAGUAAGUGACUCAGUCAAACUUGCGAACUACUUGAUGCCUCGAGGAAGUGGACCUCGUGGGCUGAAAAAUGCUCCUAGAACUGAUGUGAGGGGAAAAGAGAAGGGAAAAGAAGACACUGAAUCAAAGACAAAGGUUCCUGCAACAGUAAGAUCACGAGGUCUCUCUGGAAGAACGGUUUCUCAAAGAAAUGGUUCGAAAAUUUCUGUUUCUGCCCCUGGUGAUACCUCAGUCACCGAUCGCGGCGGGAAGAUUAAGGAUCCUUCGGGUCAUGUUGGAAAGCACAAUUCCAUGGGAGCUGGAUCAUUUUCCAGCAGCGAGGCAGCAACCGGGGGCUCAUUCUCUUUUUCCUCUCAAGCUCCUUCAGAUGUCACCACUUCUAGGAAAAUCUCUGCUCCUAAAUCUGAUUCUAUGAAUAAAGAGAAACCUGCUUCUACCAGUGGAAGAUUGGCCAGGAUCGAGGAGGACAAGAGUGUGAACAGUAAUUCAGAGGCUGAGCCUCGGAGAUCGAAUCGUCGAAUACAACCUACAUCGAGACUCUUGGAGGGUUUGCAGAGUUCGUUGAUCAUCUCAAAAGGUCCAUCCAGUACGCAUGACAAAGGCCAUAGAAGUGCUCGCAGUGGUGCCAAGGGGUACGAUUCUGGCAGGGAAUAAUUAAAUCACUGAUGAGGCCUUGGCUUGGUGUUAGACGAAGCUGUGUAUUUAUGAGGGGUAGAGACAGAGCUGGGAAUGGUACAUUCUUUGCUUUCCCUGGAGCACCGUGAAAUUCUCUCGAAGUCAGUUUAGAUGUGGAUACUGAUUUUCAGUUUAGCGCCUUCUCUUAAUAUUUUGACUUUUGCAGCUGCUGUUUCUUGAAAGGUUUCUAGUACUCUGUUAGUGGUAGGGCUGUAUAUGGCAAACUUCUCCUGUAAGUUGGGGCUUCGAAUGAAUUGUAGAAAUGACUUCCAUGGAUGAUCGGUCGGUCGGUCGGUCAUAUUCUGAUUGCCUUUAUUAUUUAUAAGCUUUGAUAGAAA